AUGAACCGCAGUUCUAGGUCCUACCAAGCUUCGUGUGAGAAAUGUAGUUGGUUGAAUAUUACUAAACAUCUGAACUGUCAAAUUUCCAGGUUUCCAUCUGUUAUUCUGACUACUGCUAUGUCCAACUCCGCUGCUGAUGGCAUCGAACGCAAACCUGGAACUUUAUCCAAAACUUCAGUCUCAGGUGGAAAAUCUGUACGAAAACGUUCCACCGGUGAUCCACAAGGUGCUGGCGCCGUGGAUGAGGAUGUAUUUCGACAGUCCUUUAUACCGUCCAUGUCAAUCACUGCAUCUUCUCCCAAAGAACUUACGGAGAUCAUCAAUCGUAUAAAAGAUGCACUUUCUGGGAAUCCUGAAGAAUGGGAAAAACGUGUAGAUGCGUUAAAAACAUUACGUGCUAUAGUUGCCAAUGGUGCUCUGCAAUAUGAUGAAUUUAUUCCCUUAUUAAAAACUUUGGAAAAUUCCAUGGAUCUUUCCCUGCGUGAUUUAAGGUCUUCAGUUGUACGAGAAGCAUGUAUAACAGUCGCCUUUUUAUCUCAAGAAAUUCGUAAUCGUUUUGAUCGUUUUGCUGAGAGUGUUUUACAAACAAUUAUUGCGUUAUUAUCUAAUAGCGCUAAAGUUAUGGCAACCAGUGGAGUGGUUGCGAUGCGAUUUAUUUUAGAGAAUACAUGUUCUUCUCGUCUUCUCCCCAUUCUCAUUUCUUCAUUAUCAUCCAAGUCUAAUGUUACCAGAAAAUGCAUUUGUGAAUUCUUAGAAAUCAUUUUCCGAACCUGGCCAUUAAAUAUUCUUGAAAAAAAUCUCUCUGUAUUGCAAGAUGCACUAAGGCGAGGUAUUUCAGAUGCAGAUCAGGAAGCUCGACUAUUUACUAGACGUUCAUUCCCAUUAUUUGUUGCUAAAUUUCCUGAGCAAGCAAAUUUAUUUUUACAAAAUCUUGAUCCUCAAAAACGUAAACUAAUUGAAAAAGAUUUGAUCGCUGCAGGAUUAUCAGAAGGGUUUGGUGCCGGUGAUACUGCGACAACUGGAUCAUCUCGGAGUCAACCUGGUAGUCAGUCAAAUUUAACUUAUCAAAGUACCAGACGACCAACUCGACCUGUAUUAGGCACUAGCUCAUUAGCCAAUAAUACAAAUCGCAGUCGUCCACCAUUAACUAGUCAGAAUGAGUAUAAUACCGUUGGUCGUUCUUUCCGUCAAGGAUCAAUUGCUUCAAAUUACGACGGUCGUCCACGUCAGAUUGGGAGAAAACUUGUAUCACAGUCACAGCCUACAAGUCGUGAAGUUUCACCAUCACGUCUAGCCUAUUUCACUACCUAUGGUACUACUGCAUCUAAUAAUAAUGAUGGACAAAAAUUACAAUUCAAUACAACUAAUACUAAUCGUAAUGGUACAAUAGGAUUUGUAGAUAACAAUAAUAAUAAUAAUACAGAUCGUACUACACGUUUACUCAUGAAUUCACGUGUUCCACGUAGUCAAGGCGCUAGUCGAGAAACAUCACCGACAAGAUCUACUGCAAGCGGUUAUACUAUGCCUUCAUAUCAGCAUAAUAAUAAUUUUCAAUUAACUGGUACAAAUCAAUUUGGACAAAUGAAUUAUCGGAGACAACAACAACAAAGACCAUCUCUUGGUACUUUAAGUGAUUGCGCUGACCUCGGCGAUGGACCUUUAUAUGGUCGACAUUACUCAACUGGAAACAGUCGUGGUCCAUAUGGCUCAGACGAUAACUUCAGUGAAACAUCAUCACAGUGUUCUGAACGUUCAGGUCGUUCAGCACCCGGGUACAGGCGCCAGUCCUCAAGCAAAGUGACUAGUAAUUUAAAAGAAAUCAUUUCUCAACUUCAAGCUGUUCAAUGGUCUGACAGAAAAGACGGCUUAACAAAUUUACAGAAUUAUAUGCGUUCUGGUUAUCCGUUAAAUCCUGACGAUAUUCACUGCUUAACUGAAAUAUUUUCUAAAAUGUUUGCGGAUUCUCAAAGUAAAGUUGUUAGUUUAUUUAUGGAUACAUUACAAUUCUUUAUUAAAGAAUAUAAUCCAUUACUUCGUGAUUGGCUUUACACUCUAUUAAUACGUUUGUUGUAUCGUCAAAGUCAUGAGGCUUUGAGCAGUCAUCAGAAAGCAAUACAAGAAACACUUUUUGUUCUCAGAUCUCACUUUCCUUUGAAUUCGCAAUUCAUUAGUUGCUGUCAUUUUAUUAUGGAUAAUGCACAUACACCAAAUUUUCGUGUUAAAACUUGUCUAUUAGAAUAUAUGAAAGAUCUAAUUUUAAUGAUGAGUCCGGAUUUGAUUGCUAAUCCAUCAAAUGAAGUUAUUAAUGCAAUUGGAAAAAUUAUCAGUUGGUCUGCUGAACCAAAAUCAGCCGAUGUUCGACGAAUGGCUUCCCGUGUUGUUAUCAAAUUGUUCGAUUUGAAUUCCACAAGUUUCUCUAACUUAUUACAAUCACUGCCUCGCGGAGUACAAGAUCGUGCACAUGAAGUAUUAAAAACCUAUCAAAAGACUGCUACAGGUGGUGGUCUAAUCAAUUUAACCGACACUAAUCACAAUUCUCCUUCAUGGAAAUCAUCAUCUGCUGAUCAAGAUCAUAUGAUUUUUUCACCACCAAGUAGUGGACGAUAUGGAUCAAUCUCUGGACCAUAUUAUUCUUCACAACGUUCUCAUAACUCUACUGGCAGUGACAGUGGUCGAGUAAGCCCUGAAAGUAUGAAUCGUAUUAUUCGUGAAACAACCGAUGGCCUUCAAUCACUUUCAGUUGGUGCGAGUGGGGGUGGUAUUCCAACGUCAGCGAUAACAAGUCCAACACGCAGAGUAUCUGCUGAUCCCAGCUUUACAACUAACGAUUAUACAUAUGCUACAAAUGGUAAUACAGGUGUAUUACGUACUGUUCAACCAAAUAAUUUCCUUAAUUCACAACCAACAUCAUUACAGCCACCUAAUAUUAUUCCAUCUAAUGUAAAUCAAUGUUAUGCUUCCUCACAAGGUACUACUGCUUCUAAUGAUCCAACACUGCAGUCUACAUAUGGGUUACGUACAAAUAAAGCUCUUUUAAAUACACUUAUCAAUUAUGAUCCUGGUGAUGGGCCAAAAUUAAAAAAACCUGUAAUUGGUUAUCAAACGUUAAAAAAAAUACGCGAAAUGCCCCCAGAAGAUAUCAUGUCUGAAAUACUCCAGGAAUUAUCGAAUCACAAUGAACGUUAUGAACAAAGAAAGACAUGUAUGUUAAAACUUAUCAAAUUAUUACGUGAUGGUGUUAUCAGUAAUUGGGAUGAAUAUUUCAAGCCAACUUUGUUAAUUCUUCUAGAGACAUUAGGUGAUGAUGGACAUGAAACAAGAGCACUUGCACUUCGUGUACUUCAAGAAUUAGUACGAGCUAAACCGGAAUUAUUUCAUGAUUUCGCUUAUUUGUUUGUUAUUAAAGUACUUGAAGCCUGUCGAGAUAGUGAAAAAUCUGUUAUUCGAGCUGCAGAAGAUUGCGCUAAUACAGUAGCACAAAAUCUUCCACAAGAAUUAUGUCUCAAUGUAUUGACACCGUUAAUAAAUGAUUCACAACUACACAUUAAUUUACCAGCAAUUAAGAUGCAAAUGCAAGUUAUACAAAAUUCUUCGCCGGAAUUAGUACAUGAAUUUAUUAAUGCAUUAAUUCCUGGACUUGUAAUUGCUUGUAAUCAUGAAGAGAGUGCCAUUCGUAAGGCCAGUGUGUUUUGUCUAGUUGCAAUAGCUAUGAAACUUGGUGAUGAUAUCUGGAGUUAUUUAACUGAAUUAAACGCUGGCAAAAAACGCCUUUUGAAACUCUAUAUUGACCGUCAACAAAGUUCAGCCACAUCUGAAGAUUCAAUUACAACCAGAAGUUGA